UCUUUACCUCAAUUGUAAAAUAUGGUGCUACUUUACGCCUUUUACGAAGUUCUGUGACCGUGUUCAAUAGAUAUUAGUUAGUGCUCUCCUUGGCCAAGCUCCCUCCAGCACUGAAACGCAUCAAUAGCAAAUUCCUUCGUCAUGGGAACUGUUAAUGUUUUAGUUUCCAUUUUCGUACUCACUAGUUUGAUGGACAUUGCCCUCAGCCAGGGUACCAACAAUAAUAAAAUAAAAUUUCUGGAACCGGAUCGAGUGCUUCGCUACACGCCACAAGAAUGGAACGUUUAUCGUCCCGGCCUCGUGGUGUAUUGUCACCGCGGUCAAGCGCCGGCUGUGCUGAACACCUUUCUUACGGCUACCCUGAAACUCGAUUGUGACCACGAAGACUUCAACCAGUACGCAGGAAGCACACCGGCGGAAGUAGAAAGUCACUGGCAGGACGACCAGAGCUUGUUCAGUUUCAAUCUGUUUGCUUCGAAAAAACGGCGACUCGUCGAGUUGGAUCCGUUCAACCAAAGCUGCAUCGGGAUUGUUUCGUCGGGAACUUACGACGUGACGCUUCUGCUGAACCGAUUCGACGUGUGGCGCGUCGGAAUGCUGCUUUUCGGACUGCUCAGCUUCUUCAGUGCCAAAUCGUUGAGCAAGAACCCACUGUUUUACUACUUUGGCGGCAUUCUGAUCGGCGUCGCCUCCUCAGCACUAAUCAUUGUGUACUUCUUCAGCAAACUGAUACCAUAUCGACCUGUAAUGUACGGCGUGAUGCUCGGUGGCUGGACGUUAGGAAUUUGCGGUUUGCAAAUGCUGUACGAGAACGUGCGAUUGAUUGUCGUGCUCUAUCGUCACUACGUGUUCUGGUACCUCUUCAUCGUGGGCUCGAUAAGUUUUUUGCUGUGCUACCGAAUGGGGCCACCACGCGACCAACGCAGCAAGCAAAUCAUCCAGUGGGCACUACAACUGAUGGCACUGGCAUUGAUAUUCUUCUCGACCCACCAGCGUCCGAUGUCCGCCAUGAUAGUGACGUUGGUUGCAUCCAGUUAUUUCCUGUUCGUGCCCAUCGCCUUAUGCCGGUGGUUAGUGAACAAAUACUAUCGUUUGUUUCCGAGCACCCGUCGGUUGCUGACGGCGGAAGAGUUUGAGCAGCAGGGCAUUGUUGAGACGGCCAAAGCACUCGAUCAGUUGCGCGAAUAUUGCCGCAGCCCGGAAUGCAAACAAUGGAAAACUAUGUUGUCGCUGCACGACCCUGUACGCUUCGCAUCAUUCGUGGAAGGCUCACAACAUUUAAUUGACGAGGAGAUCGAAGAACACGACACAUCGACUUACUGCGAAGACUAUUCGUCGUCUAGCAAUGAAAAUAAUCACGUAUCUUCACCGUGCCACUAACCUGUACAAAACGAUGAUGUUCAUUUCUCUUUUAGAAAUGUCUCGUAAUAAAAACGGUUGGUUUAGUAUCCAACUGUUAACUGCUGUAGCUAAGUUUACUCAUUUCCGAUAUAAUUUUAUUCUUAUUUCAUUUUCGUUAAGAUUGUAAGAAAGUGUUACAACA